AUGAGGGUGGAACUGUAUGGCUGUGAACUAGGCAAGUGACAAAAUUCCUUUCAAUUUACGAAUAAAGUACACGUAGAGUCCGAUUCUUGUUGUUGUUCUUUUUUUUUUUUGCUGGUGUUUUUUCUUAAAGACACAUCCACAGCAAAAAAAAUGGAAAAAUUCAUUUAUGCUCGUUGUAAAUAAUUGUCCUUUUUUUAGCGGCAAAGUCAUUUUGGGGAAAGUUUGGUCAUCCUGCUGUGUGUUUUUUACUUGAGAGACUCAGCUUCGUAUGUAUACUUCAUACACAUGGGGUAGUUUUGGCUAAACCCCGGAUGUCGGCUAAUUACUUGUCCUCAGUAGCGUUGUAUACUUUUCAAAAACACCUUCAAUCGUCGGGAACGAGAAGUCCAAAGACUGCUGUAAAGCUGAUUUAAAACAACGUGUAUUGUUUUUUUAUAACAAUAUUUCGGCUGGCCAUAACAGCCUUCUUCAGGUUUACAGGUUUACGUCGGGAUCGUUUUAUAAUUUUUCAGUAGUCUAGUUUGAUGUAAUUGGGUUUUAGUUUUCAAACUUACCAUAAUUACAAAAACCAAAAAGCAAACUGCAGUGAUAAACAUAAUGAUAGAUAUAAACACAUUUCUGGAGAGAAAAAGACUUAAACUUGAUGUUUCGUAUGUUCCAACAUACAUUUUCAGAAGUAAUAAACUGAUGAAUUAAUUAAACAUAAAUUACAAUGUGGAAUAAAAAAGAAAAUAUAUAUAAAAGAAAACGUAUGCAAAUUACAGCAGGUAAAGUUUUUCACUGCUGACAUUUUCUAACCAUUUUUAAUGAUCAUUGUAACUUGGAAUGUUUCCUUAGUUGAAAUUAGUUUUUUAGUAUUGCCAAUUAGGUCAUGUUACUCUUUGCGUCAGUCAUAAGCAACUGCCGAUAUUUCUUGGCAUUUAUGUAAUUAAGGUAACUGUUAAAAGUGUUGCUUAUGGUAUUAUUGUUUAUUCAGAAUGCCAAGAUGCUCUUGGUAUGGAAAACGGCUUAAUUUCUGACUCACAACUUAGCGCUUCCACUCAAUGGAAUGACUUGGAAGGCGCCCACCGUGGUAGGUUGCAUCUUACAGAAGUAUGGGAUCCACUUCACGAAUCAGGAGGUUGGGUAUCCAAAUUAAAUGACGUGAAUCAGUGGCUCCAGAUUGAUGUCUUGGGUCUCACCAGGAAUUACGUCAGAGUGACACGUGUCUCAACUCAAGGAAGAGAAACCACUAGUUACGGCGAAGUAUAUGUCAAAGCAUACAGGCUGCAGUACAGUAAUGAUGGAGUAAAUUUUCAGUACUAUAAAGAAAGUGGUACAACUAAUGCCAAGGUAACGAAACAUUUUACUAUGGAAAAUGAGGACAAUCCCAUUACUAUUUUGCAUAAAAGUUUCCUUUUUUUAUCUAAAAUUUUGCGCAAUUGCUACGAAAGGAUAUUCAUAUUUAGAGUAAGGGUUGCAGUACAGUUUCCGUAAGAAAAGCAAGUUGCAUUUGCGACACAGGAGAAAAAUGCGUGCACUUCCACAUACACUUCUACCUCACCUGACGGCAGAGCGACUAGUUCAAAAAAGGCUGUUUAGAUCUUUAGCAACUUUAUAGCAGAAGAGGAAAACGUCUGAAAAUCAAGGUUCGGACUCAAUCAGUACACACCCGACAGUACAAUCUUCUAGAAUGUUUCAUGGACUAUCUGUUUGUAACUUUUUAUUUUCUACAAUUACCACGCAAACUUCGAGUAUUGAGAGAAUUGUGCAACCAUUCGUUGUCUUGUACCAAGUGGGGCUUGUGUCUGAUGGUUAACCUUUUUUCACAUCAUUUUUUUUUUCAGGAAUUUGAUGGAAACAUUGAUCAUUACAGUGUGGUUCAUCACGAUCUAAAUCCACCAAUCACUGAACGCUAUAUCCGAUUUCGGCCACUGACUUGGAAUGUUCACAUAUCAAUGAGAGUAGAGAUCUAUGGAUGCACUCAAGGUAACUUCUAGACUGGCUAAAGAACACUUCUUUCAGUUAGUAAAGAUCAGUGAAUUAUAGGUGUUUUCCAUACAUAUUAUAAGUCUAUAACCUCAACCAGUUGAUAAUUUCGACUUAAUUACACUUUUUUUCUGUAUUGCUAGAGUGUACGGCUCCAGCCAUUGGAAUAGAGACGGGGAGCAUUCUUAAUGCUCAAAUGACCUCUUCAACAGGAAAUGCAUCGCUGGCUCGGUUAAAUGGACGGUUUGCUUGGUGUCCAUUAAUAGACGGUUAUGGUGAAUACAUACAGGUAAAAGAAGACAGUAAUACAACUUUUCUUUAAAAGAUAACGGAGAGUAUAUAGUCACCACAGAUAAUGUAGUUUUAUAUCCAGCUAUUUCCUUGGUUAUUUUCAUUUCAUCUCUCAGUUGCUGCCAUCAAAUUAGAGUGGGCGGGAUAACUGACCUUAUUUGGUACAUCUGAGUGCCGUAUGAUCUUGGCCUCCUUAACUUUCCCGGCUAGUUCCAACCCGCCAGAUUGCCAGUAUAUAAAUAAAUGGGUGGAGAUAAUAUAUGUUUUUCUGAUAUAUAAUUAUGGUAAACAAUUAACAAUUUGCCAAAACUCAUGCACAAUAACCAUUGUGUUAAUCUUUUUUUUUUCUACCUAAAAGGCAUUCUUAUUUUAACAUGUUUACAAAGGUUAACGAAUUAUUGAAGCAGUAUAGAGUAUUUUCACAAGACGUCACGGCAGCCAUAUUGAUGUCCCAAAACAAUGAAACAGCGGCCAUGUUGGUGUCCCAUGUAAACCAAUUCUGUGGGAGUUGAAAUAUUUUCUUAUCCAAACGCUUUCUUUUGAUCCAAUAAAUUUGCAAAGACGCUGGCCUCGUGAGUAAAAACGAUCUAUACACUUGUAACUUCCCUCUCUUUGAUUUCUUAACCAAUCAUGAGAUGGCUUUAGCUUGUACGUUUUGUUUUUCCAACGGGUGCUGUGAUGCUUGGAUGCAAAUAGGGACAAAAUUUGAAACAAGCAGUUCUCAAGGGUAACAUCAUAUUGACUACAGCGGGAAAACAAAACAUACAAGCUAAAUAAAGACUUUAUUAAUUCAGAUUGAUCUUGAGCGACUGUAUCGAGUGUGCGCUGUAGCAACGCAAGGAUUCCCAGGAGGAAACAAACAUUACGUGAAAGAAUACGAACUUGGAUGGUCCAACGAUCAAAUUGACUGGGAUAAAAGUGCUGAGGUAUGACGUUUUAUUUCAGCUGAAAGCUUGUUUCCUUUGAAGUUCAUGGAGAAGCAGUUUGGAUUUCAAAAGGCCUUUUGCUUUAUAAAUGUACGGUGGAUCUAGAUCAUCGUUGAGAACUACACUUGUUGAAAAAAGAAAAAAUAACCUUUGCGUCUAAACGCAAAGGGAAUGAGAAAUUUUAGAAGCAAUGUAUGUCUUACCAGUUACUACUCGAUGCAAAAGCGUUAAAGAGCGUUAAAAAGAUUUCAAUACAGUCAAACCCGGCUGUAUGGACACUCGCUUAAUACGCACACCUCAUUAUUACGGACACUAUGCCUUUUCGCUGGGGAAAGAAAGCCCUUACAUUUUCUAUAAAUGCACCCCGCUUAAUACGGCGACACCCCGUUAAUACGAACUUUCGGCCAUGGCCUCUUUGUGUCCGUAUUAACAGGGUUUGACUAAACUGCAUAUUUUUUCUUUCAGUCAUUUUCUCGUUUCACUUGCAGGCUUAUAACAAAUCAUUUUCCCGUCUACAACAAAAUAAUACGAAAAGAAAAAAAUGUUUUAAUUAAUUACAGCAACAAUACGGUAAAAUUCCGAAGAUAAUCCCCAAGGCUUAUAUUUUUCAAAGGCCCAUUAUGAGGGGCUUAUUUUUGGAGGGGCUUACCUACGGAGGGAAAUUUGCGCUUCAAAAUCUAUUGGGCUAGCCUUAUAGUUGGAAUUAAAUUUACCGUUUUUGCUUUGUUUUAAUUUGUAUUUGAAGACAAUUUUCCAAGUACAAGCCUCCGGGGGGCUUAUAUUUGGACCGGUUAUUUUGGGGGGCUUAUACAUGGAGGGGAUUAUUUUCGGAAUUUUACGGUAGUUUAAAAUUAUUACCUCUGUAAGUUAUGGGUGAAUAUUUUUUUAUGAUAUAAAGCAUGCUCCGUCAGCAUUCUUUUCAUUUUAGUUGACCUCAAUGUUUUGUAUGAAUUUUAUAGGUUCUUAAAGGAAAUAAUAACUGUUAUAACAUUGUGAAGAACUCCGUUCCAGCAAUUUACGCUCGAUAUAUUCGCCUCUAUCCAAUAGCAUGGUACAUCAGAGGAUGUGUAAGAAUAGAGCUUUACGGGAAACCCUGGCCAGAAGGUGAUCAUUUAAGCAUAAUAUUCGCUGAACUCAUCCAUUAUCUUACGUUUUUGCGCUCGAUAUAAUCAGUACAUAAUCUUCUUCUUUGGCAUCACUCGAGUAAUAUUUAGCCAUAAAUUGCAUCAUUUUUGGAGUAUUUUGUCUCUCUAUUUUUUUAAUUUCAUUUCAGACAAUUUUCCCAUUUACUUGAAAUUCUUUACAAAAUUCAAAAAGUUAUUUGUGACCACUACAGUUGGUUUAUUCACUGCCCUUACGUUUUAACAUUUGUCAUUUUUUAUUUUAUAGCUUCAGCAGCAUCUUUUACUCCCAUUGCUCCUGGCAAAGCUCUUAGUGGCCACGUUAUCCUAUCGCUGAAUAACACUAACGUCAUGGAAUGCUUUAAAACUUGUCUGAUAGCCGGCCAGUGCAAGUCUUUCAACUACAACGAGCAGUUGAAAAAGUGUGAAGUGAGCGGUUCCUCUGGCAAAGAACAUGAACUGACUGAGCAGGAUGGUUUCUACUAUUACGAACUUACAUCUCGUUAA